CCUCUGGGCCACACUGGGCAAACAGCUCCGAAGAGAGCGCCUUCUGUUUACCUACCACCCAUCCAUAUGGACGUCGCCAUGAUGUCGGUCUGGAGUUUGAGGUCCCACCUCCUGGAACAAAAUGGCCUGUUCCGAUAGGCCAUGGGAGAUCGGACUGUUCUGACAGUGCAACAUCAUGGCAACCCUUAUGGAACGCCUGGCUUUCCUUCAAAAAGUGCCCACUCUGAUGAAGGCCACGGCAGAUGACGAAACGCCCUGCCCCGGUUAUCUGUUCGAAGAAAUCGGAAAGAUCUCCCAUGAGUCCGUGGGCUGCUGUCAGUGCUUGCUGGAGUAUCUGUUGGAGCGGCUGCAGACAGAGUCCUGUCACGUGAAGCUCAAGGUGCUGAAGAUCCUCCAGCAUCUCUGUGUUACUGGAUCUCUUCACUUCCUGACGGAACUCCGCCGGAACGCCACCUUCAUCCAGGAAGUGACAGUGUACAGUGGGCCCCCAGACCCCAUCCACGGCGCGGCGCUGUACCAGAGAGUGCGACUUGCUGCACAGGAGCUGGCCAGCCAACUCUUCACAGACAGCGUGUCCCCGCAGGCCGCUCCGUCUCCGCGGAGGGUUGCCACACCCCCGAUGGGCAUGGGCUCCGAGUCGGCAAUAACGUCAGGGAUGCAAGGAUUCGGGUACAGCCCUGGGAAGCAUCCCUCAGGUGGGGGGUUCCUGGACAAGAUCCAGAAGGCAGCUGAGGUGGUGGCCAGCGCCGUGCUCCCGCCGGCUGAGCACCCCGGCAUCCGACUCCGUGACAACCGCUACCAGGCAGUGGCAGUGCCCUCUGUUGCGGUGGAGGUGGCGAUUCCAGCAUGUGCCUACAGCCUCCCCUCCCAUGGGCUGAAAGCUCCGAGGUGUCCUGGCCUGGCAGGAGGGGGCUGGGAGGACACAGACAGCGGCCACAGCUCCCGCGACUCCUCCCAGGAGAACGGCAAUGCCAGCCGGGCGUCGCUGGUGGGCAGCAGCGGCAGGUCUGGGACGGACAGCCAAUCGGGGGCCAGCCGGGAGAGCGGGGACCUAUCAGAGCGGGCCGAGGCCAUGCACCCGGGGGACUGUGGCCAGGAGGUGGCUCUCAUCAAUAGCCUGACCGAAGGCUCCAAGGCCUUCCUGUCCAGGGAGGAGUCCCAGCACUUCAUCAAAGAGUGCGCCAUACUGAACUGCGAGGUGGUACUGCAGCUGCUGUGCCAAAGGUUGCCGGAGCCCAUCCACUUGGUCCAAAUGAGGGCGCUGUGUGCCAUCGCCUGCCUGAUGUCCUCUGACCUGCUGUCCUUGGACCACAUGUUUGGUGCCACACACAAGUGUCUGGUCCGGUUGAGUGAGGGUCCACCAGGCCCCGUCUGCACCAAGGCAACAAAGCUCCUCAGGCAGUUUGAGGCUCUGAUGGGUGGGGUCAGACCAGACACUGCAUCCUGCCCCACCACCACCGACCCACCCCCACUGGACAGCGUCUCCAAGCUGCCUGGAGCCCUUGUGUUCUCCCUAGGCACAGCCUCAGAUGGCCAGGCGGGGGCGCCGCACCCAGUGGUUGGGGACGGCCAAAAUGAGGCUGCCUCAGCAGCUGGGAGGGGGAGGCCGGAGACGGACAGCACCGGCCGCGAGGCCCCGAGCGAGAUGUCAGAACCUGAGCUAUGGCGGCCUACUGACUUCGAGGACCACGAUGAGCAGGCAGGCCUCCACUCUGCCGCUGCCGCAGGAAGGCCGUCUCUCUUCAGCGGCAUGGAGCUGGUGACCAGGAGCAAGCACGUGUGCCCCCCAGCUCCGCCGGCAGGCGUGGGCAGCGGAGAGCGGCCGUCGCCGGGGCACCAACCUGGCAGGUCCACUCCCCCCCCGGACUCCCAGCAGCUCUCUGCCUUUUCCUUCCUGAACACGUAGCAUGGGAGAUACCCACAUUGCUGGUGUUAAUGAAAGCAGAAUGCACUGUACCUGAACACUAAGAUGAUAAAUCAGGGUUUAUUAUUAUUUUGCGUAUUUGCACCACAAAUGUUUGUCAGAGUGCAGCCAGACAGGGAAGCCUGUGAAACCCUACAUGGCUACUGUUAGCAGGGGGGCUGCUUCACCCACCAUGCGGAUUCCUGCACAGAGGGGAUCACGCCGCUGGAGACACCUUGUCGGCUGCAUCACCCUCCUCGUCCUUCUGUUCCGUUACUAUUUUUACCAUGUUAUUGUAACAGUUCUAAUUCACAAAACCUGCCUUUCUUUGAAGGUGACUCCAAACUGUGGAGCACUUCUGUUUCUUGACCGUCGUUACUCUGCGUCCUCGAUGGGUUGGGGGGCCGUCGUCUUUGCUCACAUUUCAUCAGUGUUUGUUUGGACUCCUGCAGGUUUUGGAAAUACCCCUGCAAGCAGCACUGGGGGGAGGGGGGGGGUGUUGUGUUCCACGAAACAGGAUUUCUUGCUUAGUGCAAUUGCUAGUUGGAUUUAAGGUAGUCUGACCUAAAUGGACAUUAUCUUUUGUUCCCUUACAUCUAGACCAGACUACCUUAAAUCCGACAAGUUAUCCGGCUAAGAAAGAAAUCCUGUUUUGCGGCCAUCCCCCUGUCAUGCAUAUUACCCCACAGAAAGGCAGAGGUGAGGGGUGGCAGUUCUCAAGCCAGCCACCCUGAUUACCUCAGGUUCACCACUAAGGGGCGGCAGCCAAGUUAACCAGGCAAACUGCUCGGAAGGGCCCUGUCGAUAUGCUAUCCUCCGUGUGUCUUGGCAACCAUAAGGCUUCCAUGGUUACAGGCUAUGUGGUGUGAAAUAUGCCCUUUCUCCAUUUUAGUCUUCCACAGUUCAUGUUUCCUGUCUAUAUAUAGGGACUAACAGCAUUUCCUGUCAACGAACAAAUUCUUGUUUGUGGAUGCGGGAGUUGAGAAAAAUAUUUUGCUUGCAAAGACUUCGGUAAAGAAAACACUUUUAGAAUAAAUUAUCUGGAAAGACA